AUGGGUGUACCUGUUCAAAUCUUUCCAAAUCAUUUGAAUAACCCAACCCCAGAGCUCUUUAAAAAUGUGUUGACAUCUUCAAUAAUUUUGGAAGUGUAUAUUGAUAACCUUUUACCGUCUACAUACCAACUAACUGCACUACCCACAACAGAAACAUCUGCUGUUUUGGAUGCCCAUAUGGAUAACCCUCAAUAUGAUAUAUAUUUAUACAGUCCAACUUCGGGUUGCAGAAACACCUACCGUUAUGGAUGUCCAUGGUUUACAUUCCAACUACCGGUUGCAGGUACAAAGAAAGUAACAACU